AUGUGGCCUAAAAUCAACGGAGGAGGAGGACACAGCCUGAGUUCCACUGAUGCGCAGGAAGGUUGCUCCAUGUAUGCUGAAGAGGUGCAGAUUGACCCAGCAGAGGCGGACGGAAAGGGUCCAGCCUGUCUGGGAACUCAGGUUGGUGGUCCACCAACUCCAGAGCUGAUGAAUUCCUAUGGCGAGGAAGUCAUUAGGCUGCACCACGGGGAGGAGUGCCACGAAUCGGGGUGCCUGUGCUCGAGCGGGGAGGCCCACUUUGACCACACCGAAUGCCACACUAAAGAAAUCCUGACAGAAGAUGACAUUUAUUGCUGCUGUUUAUCCAAGACACUCUGCCAUACCUCCACCCCGGUCACGGUGGGCUUCUAUUCACCCUGUGGGACUCGUCUUCACUCCCUUCUUGACCAGAUUGCAGGAUGCAUGCUCAGAGAAUCCAUCCGAAGGGAAGAAAACGAGUUCAGGAGGACUCACCAGAGGCCCCGACUGCCCCAGGGGAUGAAUUAUCUUACGCUGCUCUGGUACCUUGUCUUCUACCAGCCAGUCAUCACGGAGGUGCACCUUCGAAGGAAAAACAUUGAGUUCCUCUUCAUAAGGUUCAGUGCCUGGGAAUAUGCAGGCAGUGACAAGUUGUGGGCUGGUCUGGUCACCACCCUCUGUGACCACAUCCGCCACCAGUUUGGUCCUCUUCCCCUGAGUUUUUACCACGUGGUAGGAAGCCGCCCAGAAUUUGCCUCAGGAUUCACCCAACAAGAAUGGAGGCUUAAAAAGAAGACAUGCUGCACUGUGGGAGGGCUCGUGUUUGUUUUGCUAGCUGGCGCAGGCCUGGCCACCACUGCCAUCCUCGUGCCAGAGAUGAGGGAUGGCACAGUCCUGAAGAUCCUGGGUAGCACCAUUGCUGGCAUUUCAGGAUCCGGGUUCAUUAUAGCCAUCACUCCUGUGAUUAAGCACUUGAUCAUCAGCCAAAAGAAGAAGAUAGAGAGCAUGACCAGCGAUGAGAAAUUCACCAGCCACCUGGGUUUCAUGAGCUCAGUGAAGAAAGAGAUUGAAGUCCUCACCAACUAUGUCUACUACAUGGAAAUCUUUGAGCGUCGGCGCCUGAGGAUCGUCUUUGAGAUUACAAGUUUGGAUAUAUGCUACCCGGAACGGGUGGUUGGGGUGCUGAAUGCCAUCAAUACCCUACUUUCAGAUAGGAAUGCCCCAUUCAUCUUCAUCCUGGUUGUUGACCCCUGUGUCAUCGUAUCUUGCUUGGAGCAGGCCAGCUCCAUGAAGGGAAUGGCCGACAAUGGGUACCUGUACCUCAACCGCACGGUGACCCUUCCCUUCUCCAUCCCGGAAAUUGGCAUCCGAUCCAAGAUGAGUUUUUUGCACGAGGCUUUCCAGACUCGGGAAGAUCUAAUGUACAGCAUCAUUACAAGGAACAUGGAGCUGGGAGUGAAAAAGUCCAAAGGGAACGACGCAGCCUUGGUGAACCUGGGCAUGUCAGUGGAAGUGGACCAACACCAGAUCGAUGCUCAGGCAGUCCAGUACAUCCAUGAAGCUUUCCAUUGUUUACAUAAUGAAUACGAUUGCCUCUACAAAUAUAUCCCAGACAGCAUUAUCCAGAUGAGAAGGAUCGUCAAUACCAUCCCCAUUACUAUCAGGCUUAUGACUCAACAGCCCAUGCUGAGGCACAACAUCUAUCCCCGGGCAGUGGCCGGUUGGGUGGUCCUGGCCAACCAGUGGCCAUGUCGCUUGAGUUGGAUCCUACAGUGCAUGGAAGACAGGCUGCAGAGGCAGCCACCAAACGAUUAUGAGAACAGGUCCAUGUGGAGCGUCUUUGUGGAGACCUGCAGCGAGCUUUUCUCCAAACACAAGGAGCUUCAGAACAUCAUGGCUUUAGAUGGUGACCCUGAGCUUUUAGAGAGAUUCUUGUCCUGUGAUUUUCCCUUCACCAUACAAGAAGGGAGGAAAUUCCUGAAGUAUACGGUCAACUUAGACCAUUCAGUAAGGCAUAAGAUGGGACAGCUGCAGGCUCUGUCUUCUCUAGAGAAACACUAUAGCAAAGGUGAAGCAAAUUCAGAAAAAAGAGAUUAG